UUUUCUCGCUGUCCGCCUCCUGCGGAGCGCGCCAAGCUGCCGGGAGUUCUCCGAGAAACAGCGGAGGAAACUGCUUUCGUGUCGGCCCGGCGGGGGGGGGGUUGUCGCCUGGAGGGCCGAGGGCAGCGGCCCCCGCCCCCCCACCCCACUUCUCGGGUUAUGCUGGACCGGGAGGUGAGGGGAACCGAGGCCACCCGGGCUUUCCGCGGCUGAGGGCAGCGCCGGUUCCCCGUGGUCAAGAUGCUGCAAAACGUGACUCCCCACAAGCUCCCUGGGGAGGGGAAUGCAGGGUUACUGGGGCUGGGCCCAGAGGCAGCAGCGCCUGGGAAAAGGAUUCGAAAGCCCUCCCUGUUGUAUGAGGGAUUCGAGAGCCCCACAAUGGCUUCAGUGCCGGCUUUGCAACUAACCCCUGCGAACCCACCACCCCCGGAGGUGUCCAAUCCCAAAAAGCCAGGACGGGUUACCAACCAGUUGCAAUACCUGCACAAGGUGGUGAUGAAGGCUCUGUGGAAACAUCAGUUUGCAUGGCCCUUCCGGCAGCCUGUGGAUGCCGUCAAACUGGGUCUGCCGGACUAUCACAAAAUUAUAAAGCAGCCUAUGGAUAUGGGUACUAUUAAGAGAAGGCUUGAAAACAACUAUUAUUGGGCUGCCUCAGAGUGUAUGCAGGAUUUCAAUACCAUGUUCACCAACUGCUACAUCUACAACAAGCCCACUGAUGAUAUUGUCCUGAUGGCACAGACGCUGGAAAAGAUCUUCCUACAGAAAGUGGCAUCAAUGCCACAAGAGGAACAAGAGCUUGUGGUGACUAUCCCUAAGAACAGCCACAAGAAAGGGGCCAAAUUGGCAGCACUCCAGAGCAGUAUCGCCAGUGCCCAUCAGGUGCCUGCUGUCUCUUCUGUGUCUCACACAGCCCUGUAUACUCCACCACCUGAGAUACCUACCACUGUCCUCAACAUUCCCCACCCGUCGGUCAUCUCUUCACCCCUUCUCAAGUCCUUGCAUUCCGCUGGACCCCCGCUCCUUGCUGUCUCUGCAGCUCCCCCAGCCCAGCCCCUUGCCAAGAAGAAAGGGGUAAAGCGGAAAGCAGAUACUACCACCCCUACACCUACAGCUAUCCUGGCUCCAGGCUCCCCAGCUAGCCCUCCCGGGGGUCUUGAGCCUAAGGCAGCACGGCUUCCUCCUGUGCGUAGAGAGAGUGGCCGCCCUAUCAAGCCCCCACGCAAAGACUUGCCUGACUCUCAGCAGCAACACCAGAGCUCCAAGAAAGGAAAACUGUCUGAACAAUUAAAACAUUGCAAUGGCAUUUUGAAGGAGUUACUCUCUAAGAAGCAUGCUGCCUAUGCCUGGCCUUUCUAUAAACCAGUGGACGCUUCUGCUCUUGGCCUGCAUGACUACCAUGACAUCAUUAAGCACCCCAUGGACCUCAGCACUGUCAAGCGGAAGAUGGAAAAUCGUGAUUACCGGGAUGCACAGGAGUUUGCUGCUGACGUGCGGCUUAUGUUCUCCAACUGCUAUAAGUACAAUCCUCCAGACCAUGAUGUUGUGGCCAUGGCACGGAAGUUACAGGAUGUAUUUGAGUUCCGUUAUGCCAAGAUGCCAGAUGAACCACUGGAACCAGGGCCUUUACCAGUCUCUACUGCCUUGCCCCCUGGCUUGGCCAAAUCAUCUUCAGAGUCCUCCAGUGAGGAAAGUAGCAGUGAGAGCUCUUCUGAGGAGGAGGAGGAGGAGGAUGAGGAGGAGGAAGAGGAGGAAGAAGAGAGUGAAAGCUCUGACUCUGAGGAAGAAAGGGCUCAUCGCUUGGCUGAACUACAGGAACAGCUUCGAGCAGUACAUGAACAACUGGCUGCCCUGUCCCAAGGCCCAAUAUCCAAGCCCAAGCGAAAGAGAGAAAAAAAAGAGAAAAAGAAGAAACGGAAGGCAGAGAAGCAUCGAGGCCGAGCUGGGGUUGAAGAAGAUGACAAAGGGCCUCGGGCACCCCGCCCAUCUCAGCCCAAGAAGUCCAAGAAAGCAAGUGGCAGUGGGGGUGGCAGUGCUGCUACAUUAGGUCCUCCAGGCUUUGGACCUUCUGGAGGAAGUGGCACCAAACUCCCCAAAAAGGCUACAAAGACAGCCCCACCUGCCCUGCCUGCAGGCUAUGAUUCAGAGGAGGAGGAAGAAAGCAGGCCCAUGAGUUACGACGAGAAGCGGCAGUUGAGCCUGGACAUCAACAAGUUGCCCGGGGAGAAACUGGGUCGAGUUGUACACAUAAUCCAAGCCAGGGAGCCUUCUUUACGUGACUCUAACCCAGAAGAAAUUGAGAUUGAUUUUGAAACCCUCAAGCCGUCCACACUUAGAGAGCUUGAACGCUAUGUCCUUUCCUGUCUACGAAGGAAACCUCGGAAACCCUAUACAAUUAAGAAACCUGUGGGAAAGACAAAGGAGGAACUGGCUUUGGAGAAGAAGCGGGAACUAGAAAAGCGGUUACAAGAUGUUAGUGGGCAGCUCAAUUCUACCAAAAAGCCCCCCAAGAAAGCGAGUGAGAAAACAGAGACGUCAUCAGCACAACAGGUAGCAGUGUCACGCCUCAGCGCUUCCAGCUCCAGCUCAGAUUCUAGCUCCUCCUCUUCAUCUUCCUCUUCUUCAGACACCAGUGAUUCAGACUCAGGCUAAGGGGCCAGGCCAGAUGGGGCAGGAGGCUCCGCAGGACCGGACCCCUAGACCACCCUGCCCCACCCCUUCCCUCCCUUUGCUGUGACACUUCCUCAUCUCACCCCUCUCCCCCCUACUGUAGGAGAGCUGGCUCUGCAGGGGGGAGGGAUGCAGGGACAAUUACUGAAGGAGGGACAUAAAUGGACAAAUAUGACUGAGUUCCCGGCCCCAUGGAGAGUAACCUCUUAGGCGUAGAGCCCCCAUUCAAAAUGACUGGGGCGGGGCAGGGGUACAGGGUGGGAAUGGGUAAAGGCCCUGAUGUGGGGUUACCUGAGGCCAUAGCUGCCCUGUUCACUUUUAAGGGCCCUGUUUUGAGAUUGUUUAUUCUAAUUUAUUUUAAGCUAGGUAAGGCUGAGGGGGUGAUGGGGCCGUGGUCCCCUCGGCCUCCAUGGGGAGGGAGGAAGGGGGAGCUCUUUUUUUACGUUGACCUUUUUUUUUUUUCUACUCUGUUUUCCCUUUUCCUUCUGGUCCGUUUGGGGCCCCUGGGGGUUUGAGUCAUCUCCCCAUUUGGUCCCCUGGAUUGUCUUUUCUUUGUCUGUCGAUUCUAACUUGUAAAUAAAGAAAAUAUUAUUCGA